AUGACACUUCAAAAAGAAAUCCACAUUCCAUUUCUAAGUCAAGAUGAACAAAUCUUUUUAAACACCACAGCAACAUUUAGUCAGUACAGAAGAAUGUCGAAUCAAUCCCUGGUGGACCCAUCUAGCAGCAGCAGCCAUCAUCGACCAAGUCUAGAGAGCAAUCGCCUCAGCCAUAACAAGCGACAUCAAGUCGUUUCUGUUUCUUCAUUAUCGUCCUUUUUAUUCAAGAGAAGAGGCUCUUCUACAUCGUCCUUGGCUUCAUCAUCUUCUUCAUCCAUGGACUUGUCUUCUACAUGUCCGUCGUCCCUGGCUGAGGAUGACUACUUUCCCCCGCAAUCACCCAAAGCAAGAGAAUUGGAGUCGCUUAUUUUCGAACAACCACAAAGAACAGUGCGACUAAGCUUGACUCCACGUUGUGCAGUCUAA